GGUCACAUUUCUCAAGCAAGGUCAACUACAACGAACAAUAUCAACAAUAUCUCAUUCAAACUAUCAUCAACAACAAAUCAACAUGAAUGAUGAUAAUGUUAAUCAAAAUACUCAUGAAGACUCAUCUGAAUCUAAUCAAGAUAUCAACCAUCAAGCCGAUUCAAAUCUCGAUGGAAACAAUCAAGUAGAACCUACUAAUUCGAUGGAUAUCGAAAAUGGAGAAACAAAUCAAGAUCAGAAUCAAGAAAAAGAGUCAAACGAACUCAUUGAUUCGCAAAAAUAUGUCGAAGGUCUCAUUUACCCUCCACCUGAGAUUAGAACUAUUGUUGAUAAGACGGCAGCAUUUAUUGCCAAGAAUCCCAACCCACAACUCUUCGAGGAUAAAAUUCGUCAACGAGAAAAGACCGAUUCUCGAUUCUCUUUCCUAAGCCCUGAUGACGCAUACAACGCCUACUAUCGACAUCAAAUUCAAAGCAUUAAAAAUGGAGAUGUUCCCAAUGUACCAGCACCCAACAAUGCUACCAAUAGCUCUUCAGCCGCACCUGUGACAACUGAUGCGGAUCCAGACAAACCACCCGAACCAGCACCUCUACCUUUCUUAAUCGAACCCGAUCAAAUGCCCAAGAUAAACUCGGUAGAUCUUGAAAUCAUUAAACUUACUGCGCUCUUCACCGCUCGACUUGGUCGAAAAUUCGUUUCUGAUCUCAGUAGUCGUGAAAGUCGGAAUUAUCAAUUUGAUUUCUUAAGACCUGCUCAUUCUCUAUUUGGAUUCUUCAACCGACUCGUUGAACAGUAUACUAAAGUCUUGAUUCCGACCCCUGAGACUUUGGAAAGACUCGAGCGCCUGGCUGGAGGAAAAGCCAUUGAUCGCAAAAGGUUAGAUUUUAAUGAGAUUGAUUGGGAAGAUUUCAUUGUGGUUAGUACGGUGGAAUUUACUGAGAAUGAUGAGGUGAUCGACUUGCCACCACCGAUGAGUAUCAGUGAAGUGGAAAACAUGACGAUUGCUCAAAAGAAGAUGGCUGCGAUGGUAAUGGAAGGAAAAGACAUGAGCACGAUCGAUGAAGAACAACUGAAUGCAACCAACUUACGUCAUGAUCAAGAGGCAAAUGAAAUGUUGGAAGAUGCUAAACGAUCAGCUGAAGAAGCCAAGGCUAAAGCAGCCGCUGAGGAUCAAGAUGAUUCACAACGAGAUGAUGAGGAUAACAAUAAGACAGAGGGUAAGCAAGUUGCAGAAAUCAAAAAGCUGAAUACGACUGGAAUGAAGAUUCGAAAAGACUACGUUCCGAAAAACAAACAACUUCAGACGGCACAACAGCAAGCUCAAAAUGCCAAGGUGAUUACUACCCUGUGUCAAAUUUGUGGUCAACAAAUCAAUGUCAACGAGAUUUCCGAGCAUGUGCGAAUUGAGCUAUUAGAUCCUCGAUGGAAGGAAAAGAAACAAACAACUGAAUUGAAUCGAAGUUCUUCAAAUAUGUUAACACUGGGUUCAGAUGUAUCUUCAUCUUUGCGGGAUUUGGCCAAAUCAAGAUUAGAUAUCUUUGAAGAGAAUGUAACAGAAGAAGAGAAGA